AUGGUUCAGUGUUUCGCUGUUUUACUGAUUCUCUGUUUUUCUGGGGGUUCACUGGGAACAACUACCUCACCUCAGCAACAAAACACCGCAAAGUUAAAAGAUUUAUGCGAGGUAAGAAGAGAGAACUAUUAUACCUUUCAAAAGAAAGUUCACAAUAACGUUGCACGGGAACGGCCUGCCACUUGACUCAUUGCUACCAUUCAAAUACAUGUACAGGCUUUUGCACAGUUAUAACACGUAACACGUAAUACAGUUAACAUAUUUCAACUGUCGACCUUUUUGUCCCUGCUUCACAGACUAGGAAUUCAAACGACAGUUUUUCGAUAUCACACUUUCUUCAUCACCGGCUAUUGUGCUCUUACAAAAGAAUUGAAGCGACGGGUGGGUGACUAUUAGCUUUUAGGGUAAAGAGGAAUGAAUUAGUUCAUUGUCACGAAUGUUUGAUCGAAACUUGCAGAAAACUGACCUUCAGUCGUGGGGAAAUAUUCUGUAAUCCUUUCAGAAAUCGCUGUUUUCAAGCACAUGCCACAACUGUUUUUUCAAUUUCAUCAAGGUCUAAAAACAAGGUAUAGUGCGUUUUCACCCACGUGGCAACCAUCUAAGCAUAUUUAUUGGAACAAAAGAAAGCAUUUACAUAAGAAAAAAAUCCAACUUCCACAUAAUUAUUGUGGAGCACCAACAUAGCCGCCGUCCCGCGAUUUAGAAAACUAAUAUAGUUGCCGUGACGUCACAUGUGAAAACACUCUCUUUAGAAAAACAAAUAGACCAAAAAGGCCCAGCUCGCACCCCCCCUCCCCCGACGUCUUUUAAUCUAGGGCAUCUAUAUUUUCAGAAAUCUAUACUGGGUCAUGGUUUUCCCGGCAUACCGGGAUCAAACGGCAUGCCGGGAAUGCCCGGUGUUCCGGGGCCGCAAGGACCUCAGGGAAGGGAAGGUGCAAAAGGACAAAACGGUGAUAAAGGAUCACAAGGAACGCCGGGUCCACGAGGAGACAGAGAGCGCGAAGGGCCUCUCGGGAAGAGUGGACCGCCAGGAAUCAAGGGAAUAAAAGGUGAACAGGGACUUGUGGGAUUGAAAGAAGAGCCAGGCAUUGUGGGAAAUCAAGGAAGAAAAGGAGACAAAGGAGAGAAAGGAGAAAGCGUCAAAGCAAGUCAAGCAAGUGUAGUACCACAAACCAACUGGAAACAAUGUGUGUGGAAAUCAGCUAGCGAUACUGAUAACGGAAAGAUUAAGGUAAACAAGGGACGGGCUGAAUGAGAACAACAACUCGGGUUUUUCCAAAGACUUUUUAACGAAAAUUUACAGCUAUAUGAAUUUUCCUACCACUCUCAACUUUUAAAUCCGCUCCCUGCCAAAGCCGUAUUAAAAAUAUAAUAAUAGAAAUCAGUUCAUUCCUUUUGGUUUUAUUUCAGGAUUGCAGCUUCAACAAAUUGAAGGCCGACACAGCUCUUAAAGUCUCAUACCAGGGAAAUGUGAGAAUGUAUAGUGAUGCGAAGUGUAUUCGAUUGUACUUCAAAUUCAAUGGAAAUGAAUGCAGUGGACCAAUGACGAUCGAGGCUGGUGUGUACAGUGACUGGGCUGGGGUAUCCCAGACCUUCUUCACCAUCGGUCAUUUGAGGGCUACUGCGAAAACAUUCCCAAAGGAACGGUUCGGGUGGAAUUAUGGGUAG